GGAUGACUCUCUGUGUGUUUUAAUGUGAGCGGCUCUCUCUCUCUGUGUUAAUGUUAGUUUUGGAGGUCUAAUUGCGUAGAAAUUAGAUUUUCCUGCACUUUGAUGUGUGGCUUCAUAUUGUCCUGCAUUUGCUUCAAAGGUUCAUACGAGGACGUGUCUGUGAAUCAGAGUCUGCCCAACAUCACUGUAAAUGAAGGAGAAUCGGCUCAAAUCACCUGCUGCUGGAAGAAAACAACAGAGACAAAUAAAAGUCUGAAAGUAGUUUGGCUCAAGGACGAGGAACGAAUUCCUGAAGAAAAGCGACUCAGUCAGACAUCUUUAGAGGAAAACUGUUCUGUGCUAAACAUCAUCUAUACGGUUACAAAUGACACGGGAGAUUAUGUUUGUAAAGCCAUUGAAGAUAUACCAGUUCUGAUGGAAUAUGAAGGAAACAGAAUGAUGCUGUACGUCAAUGAAAUUCAUACAACAACUGAAGAGUGUGUUUACACGGUUCCCAGCUCAACCUCCAAAAAGCCAGAUGUAUUUCACCACCCCAGUGCAGAAGAUAAUAAAAAUCAACAGGAGCCUCAAACAAAGAGUAGUUCGAGGAAUAUUGUGAUGAUUUACAUUUUGAGAAGUCUGCCCUUUAUCUGUCUGCUGAUGGCCUUCUUUUACCUCAACAGAGAUGACAAACGCAAUACAGUAUCAAAACCAGCAGAUGAUGAUGCUGUAGACUCAGGAGGAGGACAGAAUGAAGACCUGGAGGUUGGGGAAACACAGAUGAACGAAACUGAAGAGGUAAAACAAGGUGAUAAAGUUUCUGUACAGGAUGAAGAAAGUGGGAACACAGAGAAAGCUGAAGAUACUGCUGCGACAGAAGAUGAAAAACUGGAAAAAGAGACAUUUCUAGUAGUGGACACUGAAAAGCUGAAUGAAUCUCAAUUGAAGACUGAAGAAGACACACAUCUAAUGUCUGAAGUCGAAGAAGAGAGAGUUACAGUUCUGUGA